UGGGGGCUGAUGCAGAAAUCAUUGCAAAUCUUGAAGAAACACUAUUGUUUACUGGUGUGAGAAGUACUAGGAACAGUUAUGUCAGGGACAAGAAAAUAGCUGAUGAUGAAAGUAAUUUCAGUGGUUUAAAUAAGUCAAAUGAAGAUAAUAAAGAAUCAGAGGACUCAAAGUCAGGUUUAGAAAGUAAACAUGAACAUAAUUCUACCAAAGAAGAUGCGAAUGCUUCCAAUGCAAAUCUUAAUGAAGAUUUUGUCUUGAUGUCCAAAACUGAUCAAAAUGAUUUGCAGUGCAUUAAAAAUCCCAGCAUUCAAGAAACUCGACCGCAAACGUGUGUUUUCCAGCUUACUGAAAAUGACAAAACAUGUGUUUUAAAUGAAAAUCAGAUCAAUAUAACAGUUGAAGAGAGCAAAUCCACUCCUGAUUUAUAUGUGAUUCAAAAUGAAACCAGCAUCCUUAGAAAAGCAUCAGACUCAUUGAAAGUGGAAAGAAGUAUAUUUGAAAAUUUAUCAAUUGAAGACCCGCCGAGUUUUGAAUCUAAGAAUGAAAGUGUGAAGUAUAAAGAGGUAGAUAAUGAAAAAAUUUCACUAAACAAAUCGGAUGUGUCCUUUGGAAUAUUUGGAAAAUUUAUGGAGAGCUUCAAAUUGCAAGAAGUUUUGGAACAAGGAAAUGAAAAGGACAAAGUUUCUAAGGUAAGCAAUAAAAUCAUUGAUGAAGAUACAAAAUCAGAGUCUGGAGAAAGUGAUAUCAGAGAAAGAAAUGAAAGAAACCUCUUUGACUUAAUUGUUCCUAAAGAUGAGCCCUUGGAAGAAAUUGUGGAAUCAAAAAGUUUGUUUAAACCAAUGAAAAGAUCAACUAGAUCGACUACGAGAGCAUCGACUGUAUCUUCAGAGAAUUCUGAAAGCCCCCGCGCAUCCAAAAAGAAGCCUAUGUUCAAAUUUCCUAAAAUAGCUUUAAAUGUAAACUUUGGUGAUAUUGCCAAGCUUGGUUUAACUAAAUUGAAACAAGAAGGAAAAAUCAAGUCAGAAAAUGAUGUUAAAUUGGAAGUGAAAUCUAAUGAAAAAUCUGCAGCUGAUUGGUUAACAGGUGAUAAAAUAUUGGAAACAUUCAAUAUAGUAACAGAUGAUGUUGUUCAAGCAGAGGCAGACACUAAAAAAAUGGCAGACACUGAAAAAAAUGAAGCCCAGUAUACUGGUGUUGUCAUGGAAACAUUUCAGCAAUUGAGGCAGAGGUUGAUGGAAGACAGGAUUGCUCAGAAGGCUGAAAAGGCAAAACAUAUGCAAGAUGACAAUACAGUAUCUGGUGAUAGUGUUGCAGAAACUAUUACAACAGAAGACCACAAAGAGGAUAUUGAAACUGGACCAGAAUCAGAUGAUGAGAUGUACAAAGAGUUCACCCCACAGAAAAUAGUGUUGAUACUAGAGAUAUCUAAGAAACAUGGAAUAGCAUUUGCUUCAACAUCUUUUGGCCUUCCUGCUCACAUUAUUGUAAAUUGGAUUAUUGAAAAAGACCGAAAACAUAGAAAAGUUUCAAUAUCAGUAUCUCUGGAAGAGAAACUUACUGUAGUUCAGAGGUUGGCUAAUAAGGAAGAUAUACAGGCUGUAGCAAAUGAUCAUAAAGUGGAAAAAGAAACAAUUGAAACCUGGAAAAAUGAAGUGGGUUGGUUAUUAGAGAAAAGGGGAAUACAAGCUGUACUGGAAAAGUGGAAGAAGGUUGAAACAGUUUCUGAAAUGAAGUUAAAUGAGGAAUUUGGGAAAAAGAUUGAAAGGCAAGUCUCGAGUAAUAAACAGGAUACAUCUAAGUUAGAAGAUGCUGAAAUUUCUAUGUGUUCAGACUGUACAGUUGACAAAGGGGAAAAAAUUAAAGAAAACCCUGAUGAAGGGGACAUAACAGCAAAGGAAUCAAUAACACCAACAAACAUUGAAACAAAUAAUAAAGAUACUGAAAUAUUAAAUACAUUAGAUGAUCAUGCUCCUAUUCAGAAUGAAACCAGUGGUUUAAAAACUCUUACAGAAAAAAACAAAGACAAGCCAGAAGUGGAUGUAAGAAAUGACACAUCAGAAGUAGGAAAGGAAGAAGAACUAAGUGCUCCUAAAGUUUUGUUAUUUGCAAGAAACACCAAUCCAACAUUUUUCACAGUUGAACAGAAAGCUAUGUGUGUAUUAUUGACAGAGAAAUACGGUAUAAAUAAAGUAAGCAAAAAGCUAGGGAUCAGUAAUGGAACAUUAUGGCGAUGGAUGAACAGGAAAACUGUUAUCAGUGAUUUGAUUGAGGAGCAUAAAGCAGGCUACAAGAAAGUCAAACAUAUUGAGGAAACUACUAGUGUUACUAGCGAGAGUAAAAAUAAAGAAAAGAAAAUAGUGAAAGGAACUUAUAAGCAGACAUUUGACAUUCCUGAAAUAGCAAUUAGUACAAGAAGUAGAACUGUGGCAAAGGAAAAUGAAGUGAAAAGCCAGAGAACAAAAGGUUACAGGUCUAUUUCACCAAGUAAACUUCCAGCAGUUCUUCAGAAUAUAGAGAAUCUUAAUUCCAAGGAUUAUUCCGUUGAGCAGAAAUUGGCAGUUCUUAAACUAGUUGAAUUGUAUGGUGUAAGGCAGAUUCACAAACAAUUUCGACUUCCUACUUCUUGCAUUUGGAAUUGGCAGAAUUCUAAAGAAGUCAUAGACAAGCUUAAUGACGGAAAACCUGUAAGAAAAACUUUUGAAACAGCCUCUGAAAGUGUUGAUGAUGCUGAGGAAGAUUCAGAGGUAGAAUUGAACAUAGAUGUCAUUUUAGAUAGAACUCUGGUUGCUGUAGAAAGUGUAGACUACAUGAACUUCAAAGUCUCACAAAAGGCAGAUGUUGUAUACUUGAUACACCAUUUUGGGAUAGAAUACGUUUGUGAGAAAUUGCCACAGAUUCCUCGGGGAACAUUGUGGAAUUGGCGUCAGAGCAGACAUGUGUUACCAAUUGUAGAUGAAAUCACCGCAGCUAUCAAAUGGGCUAAAGAGAGAAAGAGGACAGGCGUUGUGCAUAUGGAUAGGGUUGUGAGCCAUAAAGUGGAUAAGAGGGACUUAACACAAAAAUGGCUUUCAGAAUGUGAGGUACCAGCAGGAGGAGAAAGAAAACGCAAGAGUACCAGAGAAGGUUCAAUCGAAAGUGCAAAGCGUAAAAAAAUGGAGGAGUCUGAAAUAAGAUCGGAAAUAGCUGACAGUGAAAGAAUUCUUAGGGCUAGUUCAACAUCAAGUGUAUGCUCUUUGAUUUCUGUGCACUCAGAUGAUGACUUCGAGGAAAUUCUGAGUGAUACAGAAAUUUCUUCUCCAUCAGUGCGAUCGAAACGUUCGGUUGCCAGUGUGCCUACUUCGCAGGGCAGCAUGCACAGUAAAAAGGGAAACCAGUCGUUGGUGAAAGGAAGUUCAGGGAAAGAGAAUUCUCAGAAGACUGGUUCUGUUCAGGAAACUACAAAUGAUAGUUUGACUGUGAAAAUACAAGAACCAAUCUAUGAAGUGAUCAGUAUAGAACCCGAUAGAAGUGACAGACUUAUGGUGUGUUACAAGGUUUCCACAAACGCCAUACUCUCUAAGCCCACAGAGCCUGGUUCCAAGCGUGCGCUCAGUGACACCACGUCUUCUGCCCAGCCUCCGGCCAAGAAGAAAACAGUGAACCCGGAAAAGGAUGAAGACUUCACACAUGUUGAGGACAAGACAGUGUUUUUUAAGUCCAAGGAAGGCAAACUUGUACCACUGGAGGAAUUCUACUAUGGUACUCUAGAAGGAGAUGCCAAUUUCACAGAGGAGAAGGGAGAGUUCAGGUUCAAGUGCUGGUACUGCUCCAAGAUGCUCUACAACAAUGUGAGGGCCAUGCAGCACAUUCAAGGUCACAUCACGUCCAGCAAGCAACAGAACAUUGACCUGUCCGAUCUCACCCAGUGCAAGCAUUGCUUUAAGCAGUUUGACACCCCAUUUGAGAUGCAGACCCAUGUUGAAAAGGUGCACUUAAGUAACAAGGUGCUGAUGUGCAGGAUCUGUGAGCAGGACUUCACGACAUCCCGUCUGCUGGCCAACCACAUGAGGCUCAGUCACUUCCCCUCGGAGAUGCCUUACCUGUGCCAGCUGUGUAGCUUCAGGUCUAGCAUGUACAGUGAUGUCGUCGACCACUUUAAGAAGAAACAUGACUCCUCCUGCAAUCUCCUCUGCCUGUACUGCCUGAGAACCUUUGAUGUGAAGUUUGUCUCCCAGGGCUGGGGCCAGACACAGACGUACUACGGGCACCUGCUGAAACACCAGUCCAAGACAUCAAACAAGAAGUGCCCACUGUGCAGGCUAACGUUCUUCAACGCGCAGGACGUGAAGAAUCACAGGAAAUCCUGCCAUGUGAUGAUGAACAGGGAAGCUUCAGGUUUCUCUCCAGGAGGUAAGCAAGACACCAGCGCAAGGCAGAAGAAGUCUAACCUGAAAUCUCUCAACGCUCCAUCGGUCUCUAAGAUUCUUGACUACGGGGACGUGAAGUUUCCAACAGAGACUCAGACUGCCAAGUGUGUCGAGUGCAAGAUGGUCAUGGCCUCUGCGGACCAUUACAAGAAGUUCAUCCACUGCUCCAUGUGUCGGUUUGCGACCAGCUGCAGUGUAGCCUACGCCAACCACAUGCUGGGCUUCCAUUCUGGUCAGAUGUCCAGCCUCAACCUGAACAUCCCCUGGGAAAGGCCGGCGCAACAAGCCCUGUACUGCGCCUGUGGAUUCUCAACCAGAUAUGGGAAUAAGCUAGCCAACCACCUGGUGUUCUGUACAAAGGCUGUGUGCUACACCAGCAAGCCUGACACCAUGGAGGACUCUGAUGACACGGCCACAGCCAUGAAAGAUGCAGAGAAGAGCUCUGACAGUUCGGUGCUAGGAGUCUUGGGACUGGUACAGAAGAAACCAGAGUUUAUGAGUCGCCCUGGUCCAAAGUCAAAAUCUCGAGCAUUGCAGAAAACAAGACCAGAAUCACGAUUUGCCAAUGUUAUCAACCUGACAAAAGAAGUUCUAUUAAGCAAGGAAAAAAUUCUUAAUGUCAUAGAUAUCACUGAAGAUAAAACUGAAGAUAAAGAUAAGCCUAACAUGAAAAUGACAGAUACAAAUGAUGUGCCUAAUGUUGGUGAAUCUAAGUUUAAAGGCGAUGUAGACAAGGAACAAAUCGAGGAUAAAGAGGCUGUGUUUGCUGUUGAUGAAGCUAAAAAUGUUAUUGAAGGAAGGGAUAAGAAAACUGAGAUAAAUGAGGUCAGGAAUGAAGAUAACUUGAAACAGGAAUAUAAAACUGAAAACAAAACUGAGUUUGCUGAAAUUCAAGGAAUUAUCAAACUGAUACCAGCAGAAGAGAAUGUGACAACUGAUCAUGAUGAAGAAGGACAAACCAAGGAAAUGAAGCUGGAUUUGAAAGAGGUUAUUGAUUUGGCUGAAGAUGAUACUGACCAUCAACUUGAAACUGAAAACAAGACAGAAGAUCACAAAGAAGCUAGACAAGCUGAACAGCUGAUAAAUGUCACUGAAAAAGAAGAACAAACCAAGAAAAUGAAGCGGGAUUUGAAAGAGGUUAUUGAUUUGGCUGAAGAUGAUACUGACCACCAACUUGAAACUGAAAACAAGACAAAAGAUCACAAAGAAGCUAGACAAGCUGAACAGCUGAUAAAUGCCACCGUUAAGGAUGGAGUUGAUAAAGAAGAAGACGCUGUUAAUGAAACAACAGAGAAAAUGGAAGUCAGCAUUGAAGAAUCAAGAAAAGAUGUAGACAAUUUGAACAAUGAAGAGUCAGUGUCUUCGAUAAAUGUUGACGAUGUUGCUGAAGAAAGUGCUGAUGAUAUUGUGGAUGGGAUGGCUGAAGAUGCGAGUAUGAAAGAAUCUGAAGCACCUGAUGCUAAUGUUGUUGCUAGGGAGCCAGAACCUGUUAUUAAAGAAGCAACUGAAAAGCCUGAAGAAAGUCAAAUUGAAGAGAUUAGCGAGAUGCAAACAGAUGAAAAGAUAAAUGUCCUAGAAUCAGAUGAGAAGACUGAGGAGGAGGUCGGCAAGAAAUCGGACCAGUCUGAACAUCUGUCACUUAGUGAACCAAUAAAGGUCCAGUCAGAGGUUGGAGACAAAGAAAGCCAAUCCAAAGAAAAAUCCCUGUCUGACUCAAACAAGAAUAAUUCAGAUGAGCAUCGAGAUUCGCGUAAUUCUGCAGAAAGAUCUCACGAUCGUCGUUCCAGUGAACAUGGAAGUGGAAGGCGAUCAGAAGAAAGCAGAGGUUCCUAUGAUGACAGGCAGCGUUCAAGAGACUCCAGUGAGAGGUCACGUGAUCGCCACAAUAGCAACCAGGAUCACAGGAGGUCCGAGGAGCGCUAUCGUCAUGACAAUAGAUCACAUGAAUCUAACAGCAGCAGCUCAAAUGACCGUGACAGAUCCCAUGAACGUGACCGUGACUACAACAGGAACAGGGACUAUCACCAAGGUGACAGUCGUUAUGGAGACAGUCGCCAUGGAGACAAAAGAUAUGGCGGUGGAAAUAGGGGUAGCUACAGUCAUGCAGACAACCGUGAUUACCAUGGGAAUCAGGGUCAAAGGGGUCAGCACGGUUACCAGGACAACCGGGGCAGUUACAGUCGAGGUGGAUACAACCGCGGCGGACACAAUCCAAACUACAGGGGAAGUUAUCAAGGAGGAUACUAUUGAAAAUAGCAAUGACUUUGGAGGAUGUAUUGAAGGGAUGGAUACACUGUUGGAUACAUUUCUUAGUCCAGUGUAAAGUGGUCAAUAUAAAAUAUCACAGAAAAUGUAUUAUUUCAGUCAGUGAAACUUGCUAUGGCAUUCAAAGUAUCUUCAAAUUCAUUUGUUCACUUUUGGCCACUAAACACAACGUUAAGGCAUCAGUUUUGUUAAAUGCAAUAUUUUCCAUUCACAGAUGAACAAAAACAAACUGUGUACUUAUGGUUGUUGGUAGUUAAUAAGAAUUUGUCAUGGUCUUUGACCAAUAUUUGAUGUUAGGAGAUGCGUUAUUACGUUAGAAGCAACAUUUACUCUUGAAAAACCUGCAUACCUUAAAUUCUUAUGACUUUGUAAUUAUAAUAGUUGAAACUGUGACUAACAUCUUUAUAACUGUCUCUACAAUUGUUAGUGUGAAACAAAAAUAGUCAAAUCUGUAAGUAAAAUUUGAAUGUAGUUGUACAAGUAUUGAAUGCAUUCUCAUGUUGUAUGUGGCAGCUAAGUCAUUUUGUAUUGGCAAGCAUAUUAAACCAUAUGUGUGUUAUAUGAUCAUUAAUUUUCGCAAUGUUGACAUUGACCAAUUCAAUAAAAUGUUCUCAUUUCUGCUCAUUCUAAAAAUGUACAAAAUGUAUAAAAUAGAUAUUGUCUGUUCUUGUAUUUGUAUGGAUCAUUUAAUGUGUAUAUGUUAUGAAUUGUAAAUUCACCAAGUUUACAUAAAAGCACCAUUGAUGAAACAUGUGUUUAUAAAAAAAUGUCAGAACUUGUGUGUAUAUUGAUAGGCAUUUGGCAUAUACUUUUUGUUAUUUUUUUAUCUUUGGUUGUUAUUAGAGGUUAUUCAUCUCUGAAGUCUUUUGUUUGUUUUAUAUAAACUGUAAGAAAUUAAAGAUGUUAAACUGUU